AGCCCACCAAACAGCCGAGUCGGUCAGACAGCGACGGAGCUGGGAGUGUUUUAUGGCUGCCUACUCAGCACGACAUCUAGUAAUUUGUAGUAUUUGAGAAUACUUUGCCUUUCUGGAAGCCGUGAAAGUAGCGCUCGGUAUUCAGCCAAGGACUGGAGUUAAGACAAAGUCAUUAGUAGGUGGACACGGCUAACUUUUUAAUGCUAAAUGAGACUCGGCCGUCGAGCGAAAUUUAACUUCAUCGAUCGUGGAUAGUUCUUCUGAAAAUACUCUCAGCGGAAGUCUAACUAGGAUUAAAAACCGGCGCUUGAAAACUUUGGUUUGACAUUUUUACGAAGAACUACGUGAAUUUCAUGGAGCAAUUGUCUUUCAUAACUUUUUGUCCUCUGAACAGCGGUGCAAACUGUUGUCGUGGUGGCAUACAUUAACGUCGGCUAAUUUUAGCAAGCUAGCUAGGUACAUUAGCUGGAAGCCUAGCAGUACAGUACUUUACUACUAAUUCAGGCAACUUUUGUGACAAUGUGUCUCAUACGUUUUCCAACAGGUAGACGGUUUGCAAACACGAUGAAGCAACAAAAAACAGAUUUUUAGAAACGUGAUAUUCGUGUUGAGUUGCUUGCACUGCGGUCAAUGUCAUGAGUUGUAGUUUGGCUUUUUGCUUCGUGUUUUGAAGAUCGUCCCCGUGUUUCAGAAACCAGGUUAACCCCAAUGAUGCAGCUAUUGGACACAGUCUAACCCCAUUACCGACCGAACAUGUUGGAUCACACAGAAUAACGAAAGACCUGGAUAGAAGACGGGCUUCAGAAGCCGUGCAGUUUGCCUCUUGUUUUUGAGCUGAUGUGAAAGAAGAGGAAACCUUUUUUUCAGUUGACCCAGGGAUACAAUAGCUCGUCUUAAGUCUUCGUCAGUUUUGUGCAUCAAAAUGUCGGCCAUCUCUGCAUCCGAGAAAGUGGACGGGUUUACGCGAAAGUCCAUGAGGAAGGCCCAGAAACAGAGAAAAUCUCAAGGCUCUUCUCAGUACCGCACUCACAGCGCUUUGGUUGAGCUUUCACCGCUGCCGCAGCUCAAAGAUGCCCCCUCCACAGAGCAGCAGGAACUGUUCACCCAGAAACUCCAGCAGUGUUGCGUCCUCUUUGACUUCUUUGACUCCGUGACGGACCUGAAGAGCAAGGAAAUCAAGAGGGCGACGCUCAACGAGCUCGUGGACUACGUUUCCACCAACAGAGGGGUGCUGGUGGAGUCCACGUACCCAGAGAUCACUAAUAUGAUCAGCACCAACAUUUUUCGGACUCUUCCACCGAGCGAAAACCCUGAUUUUGACCCGGAGGAGGAUGAACCAACUCUAGAGGCUUCAUGGCCUCACAUGCAACUGGUCUACGAGUUUCUCCUGCGUUUUCUAGAAAAUCCAGACUUCCAGCCCAGCAUUGCAAAGCGCUACAUUGAUCAGAAAUUUGUUCUGCAGCUCCUGGAGCUGUUUGACAGUGAGGACCCAAGAGAGAGGGACUUCCUGAAGACAAUCCUACAUCGGAUCUACGGAAAGUUCCUGGGGUUGCGAGCCUUCAUCAGGAAGCAGAUCAACAAUAUCUUCUUGAAGUUCAUCUAUGAAACUGAGCACUUCAAUGGAGUCGCUGAGCUGCUCGAAAUCCUGGGAAGUAUCAUCAAUGGGUUUGCGUUACCUCUGAAGGCAGAGCACAAGCAGUUCCUGAUGAAGGUGCUUAUCCCGUUACACACAGCUAAAGGACUGGCCCUUUUCCACGCACAGCUGGCCUACUGUGUGGUCCAGUUCCUGGAGAAGGAUCCUACCCUCACUGAACCGGUAAUCCGCGGGCUGCUGAAGUAUUGGCCGAAAACCUGCAGCCAGAAGGAGGUAAUGUUCCUCGGUGAAAUUGAGGAGAUUCUGGAUGUCAUUGAGCCAACGCAGUUCAAGAAAAUCCAGGAGCCGUUGUUCAAGCAGAUCUCUAAAUGUGUGUCCAAUCCACACUUUCAGGUAGCAGAGCGAGCGCUGUACUUCUGGAAUAACGAGUACAUUCUCAGCCUCAUCGAGGAGAACAUCGACAAAGUCCUUCCUAUCAUGUUCGGUAGCCUGUACAGAAUCUCCAAAGAGCACUGGAAUCCGACAAUCGUAGCUCUGGUCUACAAUGUGUUGAAGACAUUGAUGGAGAUGAACUGCACGCUGUUUGAUGAGUUGACUUCCUCCUAUAAAGCAGACAGACAACGGGAGAAGAAGAAGGAGCAGGAGAGGGACGAGCUGUGGAAGAAGCUCGAUGAGUUGAGGCUCAGCAACGCAGCUCUGGUGCAGAACAACAGCCAUGGGCUCCCGAGUGUCCAGAACAACAACAACAACAACAAUAGUAAUAACAAUAAUAAUGACACCCAGGACAAGAGUAUUGAUUCCUCUGCUGCCGUCACCACAGACGACAAAGAGCCUGACGUCGGCGUGGCAGCCAAUGAGAGCACCCCAUGUGCCAAAUGACACCGGACGUCUGGUUUUUUAUUCCGUAACGGUUUGACACCGUGUUCAGGACCGUCAGGAGGAGGAUGGAAAAACACAAGUUACACCUCAGCAGUAUAUUACAUCUAAUUAGAGUGACUUAGAACGCCAGCAUUUCUUUGGCAGAAAAAAAAAUAUAUAUAUCUAUAUAUAUUUCAACUUCAGACUAUUUUUGGAUGUUACAGUGUGGCUGCAGUAUAUUGUUUAUUUGUCUGAUCAAAGAUUUAUCCUUUCACAUUUAGUUUCUUAACUGAAAAUGAUUUUAUUUGUUAUAUUCAUUGUAUGAUACGUGGGAGGGGAGAAAAAUAAUUAUGACUUGAAUUUAAUGUUUCCGAUUGUGCUGCACUUAGACGAGCUGAAUAGCUAUUUAAAGAUGUCUAUUUUUUAAUGUGCUUUUCCUUGUUGCUGCCAACACUUGGGUGCAAAACCUCAUCAAGGAAGAAGGGAGCCGCAGACCUUGGGAGUAUUUGUGGCAGAUGGGACCAGACCCAUAAAUAGACAUUCGGUGUCCAUUAAUGUACAGUAAAGGGCUGUUGUCAGGAGCAGAAGAAGAAGAGUAGACAGAUCUCUGAUGAAUGGAAGGUGCAUGGCCAAAAACGUCACAUCGUAAAGAAAAAUAAUCCCAGAUAUGGUUUGAGAUCUCUAUGAGUGACUCUAGAUAAAGCUGGUUCACAGUUACUGGGGUAAAUGUCAUAUUUGUGUGAUUAUUUUUGUGUUUCAGGUGUCGGUAAAUAUUUUUGUAUCGGGGUGAUAACAUGAAGCUAAUAGUUGUAACACAAUACCUGCGUUUAUGACAUUAUUUACACUAAAGUAUUGAGAGAGGGCUCUCAAAGAAUGAAAUGUGUUUUAGCCUGACGUGAAUUAAAGGAAUAGUUUAACA